CGGUAUUGACCUGUUUCCACGUCGAAGUCGAAGCGCUUAAAAUGACCCCUUGGUUGAGUUUGCUAUACUUGUACAUGAUUGUGAUUGUGGUCGUAAUAGAUCUAACGAUGUCGUCCGUCAUUCGAGUUCCGAUAUCAGGCUGCAAAGACGGAUAUUUCGUAUAUAAGAUACCACCUGGGAUUUACCGUAACAAGGACGGCAGCGACCAAUCUGUUUAUCCUGGGGCCAUGUGCCGAGCCUGCUCAGUAUGUCCGGAUGGUGCGGCAACACUAUCGCCAUGUUCGCAGACCGAGGAUACAGUAUGCGGCGGAUGCGUAAAGCAAGGUUACGUAUUCGAUGAAGGCACGAAGUCUUGUCAGCCCGAAUACAUUAUAAAAGGUCAGGCAGAACCAGAAAAACAUUUUGGUUUGAACGAGUUUGGCGAAACUGCUUCGAUAAACGCACCAUUUCUCGCUGACUAUGAAGAUGGCGGCACUGGUGUAAGCGCGUCUUCGGUGGAGAUGCUUCUCGGCGCUGCAGCGACUCUGUUUGCUGUCGUUGCUACGACAACAGUUGUACUCAUCGUCGUGUGCGUUGUAAGUACGAUCAAGCAGAUAAAGACGGGAAAAAGAAAAAAUGAACAAGACAAACAUGUAACGUCAAAAGACAAGAAAGGCGUAGUAAAUGUGAACUUCACUGAGAAUGAAGAAGAAACCAUCGUCUGUCCUCUUUACACUGCCAAUGGCGACGCUGCGUCAACUUCCAAAAAGGGGGGCGACGAAAAGCCUUGGAACAGCCUCCUGGGCGAUGAAAGAACUCCUAAAACAAUAUGACUUUAUUUACACUGAGUUUUACACGUAUUACACAGGUUCACUCCUUGUUCAUUCUAUAGAUGUAAUACUGGUCAAUAAAAAUGCGCUAGCUCAGACGACACUGUAAAAA